AUGUCGAAACCAGCCGAGGAAUUCAUUGAGUUCCAGACGAAUCCGGAGAAACUCGAGGGACUGGGCCAGGAUGCCUUGUACCAGGCGUAUGCGUCCAAGAGUGCCGACUGGCAUAAGCGAAUGACGCGCCAGUUACUACGCAAGGUGGACUUGCAUCUGCUGCCCUUUCUGAUCCUGAUGUAUCUUUUGAACUUUCUUGAUCGGAAUAAUCUGUCACAGGCUCGACUUGGUACGCUAGAAGAAGACUUAGGCAUGAAGGGCACCGAAUACAACCUGGCGACGAGCAUCUUGUUUGUCGGAUAUCUUCUAAUGCAACUGCCGUCGAACCUGCUGUUAACUCGCGUGCGACCGUCGUUGUUCCUGGGCAUUGCCAUGGGCAUCUGGGGCGCCAUUUCGGCGUGUCAGGCGGCCACCCAGUCCUUCGCCGGUCUGGUGGUCUCGCGCUUCUUUCUCGGCUUCGUCGAGGCCCCGUUCUUCCCGGGAGCUGUUAUGUUGAUGUCGAGCUGGUAUACCAGACAAGAGCUGAGUCAUCGUAUCGCCUGGUUUUAUGCCGGCAGCUCUCUAGCCAACGCCUUCGGCGGAUUGAUUGGAGCCGGAGUGCUGGGAAAUCUACACGAUGCGCAUGGGAUCGCUGGAUGGCGUUGGCUGUUCAUCAUCGAGGGUUGUAUCACGGUCGGGAUAUCCAUUGUCGCAGCCUUCAUGCUCCCCAAUUACCCGGCCACUACGUCGUGGCUUGAUGCCAGCGAGCAGUCAUAUGCGCAAUGGCGUCUGGUUGCCGAUGCCGGUGAGGCUGAUGACACGAACACUGGCUCGAUGAAAGAAGCCUUGUAUCUUGUGUUUACAGACAAGCGCAUCUACCUGUUCAUCCUGCUGCAACACACCUCGUUGCUGGCGCAGAACUUCCAAUAUUUCUUCCCGACCAUUGUGCAGACCCUAGGGUAUGACAAUAUCAUCACUCUGCUGAUCACCGCACCAGUAUGGAUUGCUACAUUCCUGGUCUCACUUGUCGUCACCUGGACCUCGGGGCGAACUAAUGAUCGUGGAAUCCACAUUAUCGCGCUCAUGAUGGUCAGCGUGAUCGGAUGUAUAAUCUGCACGGCGACCACGAAUGUCGGUGCAAAGUUUUUUGGCAUGUUCUUGUACGUCCCUCAUUCCCCAAUCCCCACUUCCAUUGCCAGGGACACAACCUAA